UUUGUGUAUGAAAUUUCUAAAAAUGUUUAUCAUUUUGUUUCAUUAUUAAUCCUUCGCAGUUAACGGCACUACCAACUCCAACAUUAUAUUUUAAUUAAAAUAAAUAAAUAAUUAAAAAUGAUAAAUAUAUUAUUUUCCCGUAUUUGUGUACUUACCUGUGGCACUUUGUAUCCCGGUUAUAUUUCAUUUAAAACGGUGCGCGCCAAAAUUGUCGAGGACUAUGUAAAAUGGAUGAUGUAUUGGAUUGUUUUUGCCAUUUUUACCACAGCCGAAAAUUUUACGGAUAUAUUUUUAACUUGGUUUCCAUUUUAUUAUGAAAUUAAAGUUGUUUUAAUACUCUGGUUAUUGCCCACUAUGGGCAAUGGCAGUUCAUUUAUAUAUAAAAGUUGUAUACAUCCUUUGCUCAAGAAACAUGAGACACGUGUUGAUCAUCAUUUGGAACAAGUUAGAGAAAAAGGUCAGGAUUUGAUUUUGCACUAUAUGCGAGAAGCUGUGCUGUGUAUUGGCAGAGCAGUAAUGAGUGUUAUUAAUAAAAACUUUCCCAACGGUAUAUUGGGUUUGUUGGCCAAUAAUAAUCCUUAUACAACUGGCAGAUCUAUACCGGCUGCUAGUAAUAUUGUUAUAGAAGAGGAAAUUGUGCCACAUAUUGUAAAGAAAACUACCACAGGACGUAAAACUGCGAAUAAAGCUUCCACUAACCAUAAUGAAACGGAAGAGCCUCAUACCUCACGUGGUCGUAGUCGCAAAGCACGCCAAUCUAAGCCUGACAUUGAUUACAAUUUAAAUGAAAGUUAAGUGUGGCAGCACAAAGAAUUGUUUUAAGAUUUUAUACCUAUUUCUGAUAAUUUUCUUUAGAUGUAAUUAUUACUUUUUUUGUAUUCCAACUAUUUAUUAGAAAUUGUAGUCCUAUUUGGUUUUUUAUA